AUGGGUACUAUGGAAGAUGAAGAUGAUGAGUUGAAAUAUUUCGGUGAAGAUGUUGAACACGGUGACGAAAGUCGUGCUGGUUAUAUUGUUGAUGAUCAGACCAAUGGGUUUUGUGUCCGAAAAUACAAUAUUAUAAAAAGUCAGAAAACCGGGGACAUAUUGCAGCAAGAAUUUGUUUGUAACAUGAAUGGUAGACGUGAAGGAAGGGGGUUGACAUUGGAGCAAUGGAAACGAGAGCCUAAGCAAGAAAUUAGAUGCGGUUGUAAGGCUAACUUCAGUGUUCAUGUUGACAUUAUAAGUGGCCGAUGGUAUUGUACUUACUUUACAGAUAUUCACAAUCAUGAGCUAUUUGAUGAUGUCGAGUGUGGAAUGCAGGCACCUUAUAGGAAGAUGAGUUUGAGUGAUAUAGCUCAGAUGAAUAGCUACAGAGAUGCUGGGACUGGGGUUCCUCAUAUUUUCCGUGCAAUUGUGAAUCAAUGUGGAGGAGUUGUUAAAAUGUCGUACAGUAAAAAGAGCAUGCACAACCAGAUUAGUUGGCAAAGGUGGAUGCUUGAAAAUGAUUGUGACGGCAAUGUAUAUGGUGAUGUGUUGGCAUUUGAUGUCACAUAUGAGGAAAAUAAGUACUUGCUGUCAAUAGUUGUGUUCUCAGGUGUAAACAAUCAUAAUCGAACAACCGUUUUUGCUAUUGCGGUGGUUACAAAUGAAACUGAGGAAUCUUAUGUGUGGUUGUUGGAACAAUUCUUGGCAGCAAUGAAUGGUAGAGAACUUGUUGCUGUUAUUACAGAUGGUCACCCACUCAAUGAGGAAUGCAAUUAG